AUGGUGAACAUCAACACAAAUAUGGAGAAACUGGAAUUUUCAUAUGAUGGUGUUAGGAAUACUAAAGGGGGCAAUCGUUUUGAAGAACAGCGCUUCUACAUUUCACCUUCACAUUCUCAGAGAACUAAAUAUCAUUCUUCAGUCAUGAACUCCAGACUCCAAAAACUUACAGAAUUAGAAAACCAAACAAACACAAUAGUAUUCUUUCUCUUGGGAUUCUCAGAGGAUCCAGAACUUGAGCCUGUCCUCUUUGGACUGUUCCUGUUCACAUAUCUAGUCACCGUGCUUGGAAACCUGCUCAUCAUCCUAGCCAUCAGCACUGACUCCCACCUCCACACGCCCAUGUACCUCUUCCUCUCCAAUCUGUCCUUCACUGACAUCUGUUUCAGCACUGUCACUGUCCCCAAGAUACUAGGAAACCUUCAGAGACAGAGCAAAGCCAUCAGUUUCACAGGCUGUCUUAUUCAGCUCAGUUUUGUCCUGCUUUUUGCUGGAAUGGAAAAUUUUCUUCUUGCUGCAAUGGCUUACGACCGGUAUGUAGCUAUCUGCAAUCCCCUUCACUACACAAUCAUCAUGAAGCCCCACUUCUGUCUUCUGAUGGUCUUAGUCUCCCUGUGCAUUAGCAUUAUGGAUGCUCUUCUGCAUGGUUUAAUGAUUUUGAGACUAUCUUUUUGCACAGAUUUUGAAAUUCCCCACUUUUUCUGUGAACUUGAUCAGGUCAUUAAGCUUGCCUGUUCUGAUACCCUCAUCAAUAAUAUCCUGGUAUAUGUGGUGACUAGCACAUUGGGUGGUGUGCCUCUACUGGGGAUUAUUUUUUCUUACUUUAAAAUUAUGUCUUCCAUUCUGAGAAGAAAAUCAGCCGGAGGUAGGUACAAAGCUUUCUCCACUUGUGGGAGUCAUCUUUCAGUUGUUUCUUUGUUCUAUGGGACAGCAUUUGGGGUGUAUAUUAGUUCUGCAGUUACCAAGUCAUACUGGAAGACUUCUGUAGCAUCACUGAUGUAUACUGUGGUUCCUCCAAUGUUGAACCCAUUUAUCUACAGCCUGAGGAACAGAGACAUGAAGGAAGCCUUGAGGAAACUCAUCUAA